ACAGCUGAAAAGACUGGAGAAGAAAGAGAGGUUGUUGAAGAUGAAGAAAAAGUGGAAAAAUCAGAAUAUGCUUAUGGCAUUCUUACUGAUAUAAAUUCUUCUAUUGCUAAUCUUGUAUCAUCAAAAAAUAAAGAUAGUUCUGCAAGGGAAUAUGAUCAUAAUAUUUACAAACCAUUUAUUUACAUAGUAACACAGGAUUACUUAAGUGACAUAGAUCAGAUUCUACAUGAUGAAGAUAUCUCAACACAUAAUAUUAUUCAGUUUGGUAGGCCUUUUUGGGCAUCUAAUUGGGUAACUUGCAAAUACUCAGAUAAUCAAUUUAAAUUUCAUAAUGUAAUAAAUCUUGCAAAAGCCAAACUUCUUGAAACAUCAAAUAUUACAUCAGAACUUGUUAAGGCAUACAUGGCUACUCUGAUUGCAAUUGACAAAGAUUACAAAAAUUAUAUUAUUACAUACCCUUCUGAAUUUAUACUUUUAGAAGCUUUAUUAAAACUAAUAUUAGAGGGAAAUAUUUGA